AUGGCGGAAGCUCGAGACGUGACGACGACGACAGACAAAUCGGACGACGAAUUCGCCAAGUUCGAUUUCAGCGUGAGCGAAAUACCGUGCCUCCAUUAUCAGAGCGUCGAAGCGGAGCGCCUUAUCUCAUGUGAGAAGCCUGUGGUACUGAGAGACAGCAGAGUUAUCUCAACAGCCAUGAAAUGGUCGCUCGAUUAUCUUGAGGCGAACAUGGGUGACAGCAAAUGUAACGUCUAUUCGUCUCAGACGGGUCGCUUUAAGUAUUUCGACGACAAGAAGGCACAAACGUUUCCCGGAUUCGAGUGUCCGAUGCAGUUGAAUGAAAUGACGUUCGAUGAGUUUGUGAGGAAAGUGAGAGAGUGGAAGGCCGGCGAUCGAGCCCUCUAUCUACAACAGGCACUGAACGACACCGUGAAGCCGUCGAUUGUUAGAGAUUUUAUCGGAUUCGAUUGGGAUUGGUUGAAUUUCCAUCAAGCAAAGCAAAAGUGGGGGCCACUCACUUCGAACCUCGUGCUCAUUGCUAUGGGAGGGAACAUCACGCCUGCGCACUACGACGAGCAACAUAAUUUUUUUUGUCAAGUCGAGGGCCGCAAGCGCUGCAUCCUGUUUCAUCCCGAUCAGUUCGAGUGUCUCUACCCUCACCCCGUCAGUCAUCCGUGCGACCGUCAGAGUCAAGUCGAUUUCGACCGUCCGGAUUUCUCUCGUUUCCCGAAAUUCAAACAUGUAAAAGGAUGGGAGACGAUCGUCCAUCCGGGAGAGAUACUAUACAUCCCGAUGUAUUGGUGGCAUUACAUCGAGUCGGCGAAGUCGGACACGACGACGACGUCCAUCACGUUCUGGUAUCGAUCGGGUCCGACGCCUCAGGAGAUCACGUGGCCGUUGUCUGUGGAGCAAAAGAUCGCCGUGACACGGAACAUCGAGAAGAUGCUACACGACGCUCUAAAGAACACGGAAGAAGUACGAGAACUAUUGCAUAUGAUCGUGGAUGGGAGAUACCCGUGUGAACGUUGGGACCAUGAACGUCCAUUUACACAAUAAUAAUUAACUUGAUUUGUAUGAUAACUUUUAGUCGCUUUGUAUUGCUGCUCUACGUGUUGAUAUUAAUGUUGCAUGCUGCUAAGUUCGUGCGUCUCUUGCUGCUUCUUCUUGUGCGUCGAUGUCGUCUUUGUGAUACGAGAUGAAGCUGAGAAUUUCGGCAA